UCAUGUGACCCAUUCCUGACCGAUAUUGGCAUAAAACAAUGCGCUGUCUUAAAGAAAACAUCAAAUUAACAAAUACGGGAUAUUUACUGGAAAUAAAAUAGUACUAUGUGAAGAUGGAAUGUUUUGUGUCUCAGCCGAACUCAGUGGUGCUGGAUAUCGCUGUAAAUCCGAAAGGAAAAGGCCAAGAAUGUAUGGACCAGGUAUGUAGAAUCCUGGGCAUUGUAGAGCAAGAUUAUUUUGGCCUCCUUUACAAGGGCAGGGGUGGAGAAAACCUGUGGUUAAAUCUAAGGAAUCGCCUAGAUAGGCAGCUAGCUGGACCACCUCCAUACAGACUACAGCUGAAAGUGAAAUUCUUCGUACCACCUCAUAACUUGAUUCAGCAAGCUACCAGGCAACAGUUUUAUGAACAAGUGAAAGCAGAGUUUGAGAGUCAGAAACUGGUUGCUGAGUUAGAGGACCAGAUGAUCAGAAUGCUUGCUUUGAUAGUGCAAGCAGAGCAUGGAAACUUUGAUCAACGAACACAUCAAAUGAACCUUUAUAAGACUAUGUUACCAGAUAACUAUGAACCAACCCCGGAGCUGAUUCAUAAAAUUGUUGAUUCUCACGCUCACCUGGUGGGUUUGAGCAAAGAAUCGGCACAGUACAAAUUGUUGCAAGAGGCGGCAGUGCUUCAGAAUUAUGGGGUCGAAUAUCAUGAGGUGAACUACGGAGGCGAGACUAUACAUGUAGGGAUUGGUCCAACAGGAGUCUUUCUGUACAAUGCCAGUAUGGAACUGAUCGAAAAACUGGAAUAUGUAACUAUUACAAAAGCAGAGCAUGUUGGGAAAAAUUGUGUUUUAAAAGUGAUGAAUGACAAUGGUACUGAGAGAGACAUUAUGUUGCGACUUGUAACACAGUCUGUAGCUAACGCAAUGUACAGGUGUAUAACAGAAAUGCAUUCCUUCUUUUGCUGUGAUACAGUGCAUAACGAAGUGUCUACGCAGUUCAGUCGAGAUUUGAAAGGAACGCUGGCGUCCCUUUUCAAUGAAAAGACUACAUUAGGUCGUGAUUAUGUAUUUGACAUCAAGCGCACAUCUCGUGAGGCGUAUGACCAUGCGAGGAGAUUGUUGUACCAGCCAGUGCCUUUGACAGGAAUGACAGGAGAAAGUAUGAUCUCAGAUAAAGAUAGCCAUGACUGUGAUACCCCGCCUCUCAGUGCGGAAGAAAAGUGCCAGGUGUUAGAAGAAACCUUAGAGAGAAUAGAGGACUCGUUUACUUGUUGUGUAUGUCGAGAUGCCGAGAUCUCAGCGACCUUGUGUCCAUGCGGUCAUCUCACGUGCAUUGAAUGUGCCAAAAGACUUACCGAGUGUCCACUAUGUCGUAAACAGAUAGAGACUGUUCAGAGGAUCUUUUUACCCACAAUUCAGUGUAAAGGUGCGACCUGUGCAAGUAUUUCUUUACAGACAGCUACAAAAAGCCCAGGUCAUAAACAUUGCCAUAAACGGAAAAGAGAGGCGUACAUGGACAUGCUCGAGUGUCCGGAAUCAUGAUUUAAAUUUUGUGUUGGUACGUUAAUGGAUGGUCAUAUGUGUGUUCAUUUUGUGAUAUUAAUGACAUGAGUGGAUGGAUGAAUACAGGGUAUUAAAUACUGAACUUUCCAGGUACAGAAAUAACAAUGGCAGAAGUUACUAGUUAUAUAUAUAUAUAUAUAUAUAUAUAUAUAUAUAUAUAUAUAUAUAUAUAUAUAUAUGUGAAUUAAAUUUUUUUUUUUACAAACAUCAAGUUUGGUCCACCUUAGUUUUUUUUCUUGACAAGUUCAAUGACCUUAAUUGAUAGUUAUUUUCAGAAUUGAACUUUUUAAAACUAAGUAUAACUCAGAAAAUUUAUAAACAUUCCAUGUCAAGGACCCUUAUUUAUAUUUUUAGAAGAAAAAAAAUUAAAAAUUUUGGUAUUGAGCAUAUUUUAAAGAAUUUUAGUCACUGUACAUUAGGUUCACAUUUUUUACAUUGUAAUUAUUCAUAUUGUACAUUGUAAAUAUUCUUUCAGAUGCCAUAUUUUUGUUAGAAAAAGUUACCUUGUGGUAUUUUAGCUAAACAAAGAGUGCAAUAGAUAUAUGUUAUUUUAGGUAAAAAGCAAUGGGUGUGGUGCUAUAUAUAGAACAUGGGUUUUUGAAUCAUUUGUUUCAAAAGGUCAAUUUACAUGUACAGACUACUGGUAUUUGUGUGUAAAAACAGUAUAGAAAAAGAGUACAUGUUAAAAGAUGUUUAUGUAUUGUUUAUUUUCUGUAUAUUACAGAAAAUUAAAAAAAAAAAAAACCAUCAAAAACAUUUUUGAAAGUCGGUCCUUAACUGUGUACGCAUGCACUUUGGUUAAAUAUUUUAAUGUGUCAUGAGAGAGCACAGUACAGUUACAUUUGUGACACAGACACAUGAAAAACUAUAAAAUAACUUUUUUCAAAAUAUGUAUGAUAUACUUAAGGAAGGCCGCCUCCUCCUGGAACUUAUGUGUCCUUGUACCUUUGUCUUUGAUUUCGAAGGAAACUUUAUCCUCCUUCAAAAGCUCCAUCAACUUUUUGAAGUCUCUGUCCUCAGAGACGCACAAAAAAUAAGUUUGUUUUAGACAUGUUUUCCUCCCUAUUGUUUUCAACUGACUGCGUUAAGUAUAGAAUACAACAACAUUGUGUAUCUGUGAUUGUAGAAAAUCAAAAUCAGCAUAUAUUUUGUAGUAUUUGUAAGCUUCAUCUUUUGAAUACUUUGUUUUAUUAACAGACCAACCAAGCAGGUCCUUCAAUAUUUACAUUUUGAGAUACAGUCCAUCAGAAUGAUUUGUAUUUGGCUUAAAAUUCUUCAAACUCCUGGUUGGUUUGGUUUCUAAAUACAGUCAAACCUUGGCUAAACACCAGAGUCUAUCUGGCACGGAAGACCACUAGUUUAACUUUUGAUUAAUAUGUUUUUGCAGCGUUUUUGAGCAGCUAAUGAUCAAUGGCAAAUACAUGUAAACUUACUUUUCGCUGUCCUUAAAGGUGGUCUUCAUACUUUCUACAGAGGUUUGGCUGUAUUUCAUUCAUCAUGUAGAAUUUUUUUAUUUAUUAUUCAUGUUCAGUGAAGAUCCUGUAUCUUGCCCUAAGUUUCAACUUUUGUUUAAACUAUGCCUGUAAUUUAUAUCCGGGCCUUUCAAGCCCAAUAUUUAUUUUUAUUUCAUCUUUUUGUCACGUAACACUAAUCACGUUGGCACAGAAAGUGGCUGUCUGUAUUAAUCACUUUCUGUGCCGAGGUGAUGAUCAUCCUUCAGCCAGCAUUUUUAGCUCAUCUGAUUUUUUGAAAAAAAAUGAUGAGUUAUUGUCAUCACUUGAGCGGUUGUCGGCGUCGGCGUCGGCGUCUGCGUCGGCGUUGCCUGGUUAAGUUUUAUGUUUAGGUCAGCUUUUCUCCUAAACUAUCAAAGCUAUUGCUUUGAAACUUGGAAUACUUGUUCACCAUCAUAAGCUGACCCUGUAUAGCAAGAAACAUAACUCCAUCUUGCUUUUUGCAAGAUUUAUGGCCCCUUUUGUACUUAGAAAAUAUCAGAUUUCUUGGUUAAGUUUUAUGUUUAGGUCAAUUUUUCUCCCAAACUGUCAAAGCUAUUGCUUUGAAACUUGGAAUACUUGUUCACCAUCAUAAGCUGACCCUGUACAGCAAGAAACAUAACUCCAUCUUGCUUUUUGCAAGAUUUAUUGCCCCUUUUGGACUUAGAAAAUCAGUUUUCUUGGUUAAGUUUUAUGUUUAGGUCAGCUUUUAUCCUAAACUAUCAAAGCUAUUGCUUUAAAACUUGCAACACUUGUUCACCAUCAUAAGUUGACCCUGUACAGCAAGAAACAUAACUCCAUCCUGCUUUUUGCAAGAUUUAUGGCCCCUUUUGGACUUAGAAAAUAUCAGAUUUCUUGGUUAAGUUUUAUGUUUAGGUCAACUUUUUCUCUUAAACUAUCAAAGCUAUUGCUUUGAAACUUGCAACACUUGUUCACCAUCAUAAGCUGACCCUGUACAGCAAGCAGCGUAACUCCAUCCUGAUUUUUGCAAUAAUUAUUGCCCCUUUUGGACUUAGAAAAUCAUUUUCUUGGUUGAGUAUUAUGUUUAAGUCAACUUUUCUCAUAAACUAUCAAAGCUUUUGCUUUAAAACUUGCAACAGUUUUUCACCAUCAUAAGUGGACACUGUACAUCAAGAAACAUAACUCUAUCCUGCUUUUUGCAAGAAUGAUGGCCCUUUUUAGACUUAGAAAAUCAUGGGUAGGACAAUAUUUCUAUUACACAAAAAAAAUCAGAUGAGCGUCAGCACCCGCAAGGCGGUGCUCUUGUUAUUUUAACUUUUAGAUAUUUAUACUGUACAUAAAUCUUUAUUGAAGAAAAAUGUUGCAAUAGAAUGCAUUUCUUUUUGCAUUUCAUUUGAGAAUUUAUGCCGCAGUGCAUGAAAUCCUAUUCCAUUUCUAUUUAUUUAUUAGGAUAUGUCAUAUUGGCAAGGGAAAACAAUAUUAUGCUAUGAUUUUUUAUGCAGCAUGCACCUAGAUUUACGUUCUCUCUUUUCAAAUUUGAAAAAAAAAGCCAAAACAAAAACUUUUUCAAAUUUAAAGCCAAAAGAUAACAUUGUGUUGCUUAACUUGUGCAGAUAGAAAUCUUUUGCUAUUGUUUUUGUUUUUUGCAAUUUGGAAGUAAGCUCUGUAAGCGAUGUAAAAUGUGGCAACUUUUUGGCUUGUUAGUUAUUGCAAAUGGAUUUUAAACACAAUGUUAUUCUGUGGGUUUUGCACAGAAUGGAUCCUAGUCUGCAAAAUGUACAGGGAAGUUGUUCCUCGUUUCUGAGGGCACGGUGGUAAAUUUGUUAAACAUUUACCAAAACUAGGUGAUAUUCCUGCAUGAAAUUGAAUAAUUCGUUGACAUUUCCUUCUUGUUUUAGGAAUUAUGAAUUCUUAAUUUGAAAAUGGAAUGUGCAUCUCGGGGCAUGCUGCUGUAACAUACAGGAUUGCAAUAUUUAGUAAUCCCAUUCUUGAAGUACAGCUGUCGUCAGCACAGCUGACACCCUAUUUGUCAUCCAUUUUCUAUCCUGUUUAAGCUUUUGUUGGUUGAAACAUCACAUUUUUUGCAGAUCUGAAAGCCAAGCAUUUUUUAAAAAGUCCCAGAUUUAUGUGACAUGAACGGGUAUCUGAAGAAAAGUGGGGCAAUUUGUCAGACAAAGUUCACUGAUAAAGUUUAAACAUCAUUUUUUCUGUGUCAGGUAUUUUGUAAAGUCCCAAAAGCAAGAUUGAUCAUUUAAUAAUGGCCAGAAUAAAAAUCUCCUGCGUUUGUGUUAGGUUAACAUUUAUUUGUUGUCAUGUUGAAAAAGGCCCAUGUUUUUGAACACUUUUUUGUUGGAGAACAGUAACUGAAGUUUAACUGAAUUUUCCCCCAUUUAAUGAUUUAUUAGGCAUAUAUUUUUUGUUUAUCUUUAAAAAAUCUGUUGGAGCUUAUAAUUAUGGAGGCACAUUGAAUUUAUAGAAAGUCUGGUCCUGUAAGAUAAAUGCAUUGUCACACUGCUCUGUACUGGUUUUUACCAGUUGUUUUACUGCGGAAUCGUAUUUCAUGCCUAAUAAUAGUAAUCAGUAUAUCUUAAUACUUUAAAAAGAAAUUAUAUAAUUUUUGUUAAGACCAACUAUAUUAACAUGCUCUAAAAGCAGUUUUUGUGUGUUUACUCGAUAAUGAAGUAAAUGGCCACCUUUUCUGUGCUUUUCAUGAAUGAGUCAUUUUAAUAAUAAAAAAAUAGACGUUGACGUUAAACAAUAUCUCAUGAUGCUAUUAAUCAUCGUCAUACACAUAAUAAGUGCAUAUCAAGUGCAUAUUAUAUAAUGUUUAAUGGAUGAGUUAUUGAAAAUGUUUACCAUAAAAAAAUGCAAGUUUCAUAUAACAUGAACGGAUUAGGUGAUUGAUGUUGGAUUAAUUUGUAUCAUGAAUCAUGGCCCGCAUUUGUAUUUGUCUGAAAUUUAUUUUGUUAUCUACAAUGAAAACGGGGAGAGGACGUUUUGUGUACAUGAAAGAUAACCUAAUGAAUUGCCACCAAAUGAAAGCAUAUAAGAACUUGUGUUUUUAUUGGCGUCGAGUAAAAAAUCGUUACAAGUGAUUCGUAUCGGUUCAUGAUAAAAUUUAUUAUUCAGCUGUAUAUAAUUAAAAUGUUGGGAGAUAUAUCUGUUGCCUUGUACGAAGGCUUUUAAGUAUACCUGCUUGUUAAGGUUAAUUAUGUAUGUAUUUACAGCACAUAAUUAUGACUGUUUAAUAGGGCAAAAAGAAAUGGGAUUGUUUUGGAUUUACUAUAGACAAGCAGGCUACUUACAUUUUAAAUCUAUCCAUUAAACAUUUGGCAGUGUGAUGUAAUUUCUAGAAUUGUUGUAUAUUUAGGCUUGCACUACUUAAACUACCAAAUUUUUAAGCAAAGUCAUUAUUUGCAACCCCCAAGUUCCUCUGAAAAAAAUGUGCAUACCCCUUCUGGGGUCGUUAUUACGGGUAUUAUGGUAGUAAAUUUUGCAGAAAAAGGUAGAUUAGCAGAGUCAUAUACCAUAGAAACUAAUAUUCUUGACUGAUAGCAAAACAGUUUUGCCAUGUCUACUUUUUUGAUUCAAUUUUUUGUUAACAAGGAAUGCAUUGUACCAUUAGGUAUUUGAAGUGAAAUUUAGAGGAAUUUCAUCAUAAUGGAUGUAAAAUUGCAAAUUUAUUUAACAUGAUGAUAUGUAUAGUUAUCUUAGUAUUGCACAUUAGUUAUAUCGUCUUGGCAGUCAACUAUAUCUUCUCCUACAAUAAGCAUUCAUCCAUUUGCAUAGCUUCAUGUUGAAUUGAGGUCUACCUCUCCUAGGUGGAUUUUGUAAAGUUCUGCUAGUAAAAAAUACAAAUUCCAGUUUUUCACUAUAUUAAAACACUUUUUGAUAGAUUUUUGGCUAGCCGUCUACCACAUAUUUCUGUGUAUUAAAAUGUGUAUUAUGCAAAUGGACACUGUGCAUAUUGUAGGUGAAACUUAUUCUAUGACUAGAUUCCGUUGUUUAAAACAAUAAUGCUUGUAACUCAAGUUAAGGUGUAAAUUGUGGUCUUCAAUUUUCUGCAGUAACAAUUCCAACGAUAAUUGUCUCAUGGAUUUGUUAAAAUUAUUCUGUCAUGUGAUAAUAGAGAAAUAGCAAUAUUUUUUUGUGAAAGUGAAAAAAUGAAUGAAUAAACACAACUAAAAAACA